GGAAGAUAACCGAUACAGUUGGCCUUUGAUAUAGUGCAUCAUCAUUCCCGUGAUGACCCAAAGGAAUAAAGGAGAAUAUAUAUUUGGUACAUGAGUAAUUCGGAAAAGCUCACUAACACAUUCUGGGUUGCUUCAGCUUCAACACCGACUUUGAUCAUCGACAAAGAGGCUUCCAUGAUGGUGCAAUGUACGUUGAAGAAGACUUGCUCGAGCUGUUGUUUACUUCUCGACCACUCUUCUGGUCUUGAGGUUUCACAGAAGCUAACAACUUACAGAACUCGCUAUCUUCCAUCUUCAGGAUUGUUUCAAUAUGAUCUGAAAAUGGAGAAGGUUCACCAAAUGGUAAAGGACGAAAGGAUCAUGAAGAUUGAGAUUCCUGGCGAUGGCAGUUCCACGCCCGAAGUGUGCUCGGGUGGGCUGACUCGUCAAACGAGCAUCACCAAGACAAACUGCCUUUGCUCACCAACCACUCAUCCCGGUUCUUUUCGAUGUCGAAUGCACCGGUCUCUUUCGCUACAACGUACCAAGAGUAUUGAGGCUGCGGCUCUACAGGACGCUCCGGCUAAGCCAUCAGAUUCCCUUAGAGCCACUAAGUAGAUUCAUGGAUGAACAUGAUACCAUGGCAUUUCUCUUGGUUGUUCUAAUGUAAUCAAUAUAGAUGGGAGUACGUAGGGUUCUUAAACUUACGUAUAAAUUUUGUAUUUUAAACUGCUUCGCUUUACGCCUCAACUAUCGGUUGGCAAACAAAGAGAGGCAUAUGAUGUUCAUGUGGCUUGUUUCUUUUACAACAAAUAAUUAAAAUACUCCCACUAUUUCAUAAUAAAUGUUAUUUUAACU